AGCAAAUCAUUCGCAUCAUCUCUCUUCCUCAGACGGAAUAAGCGAAUUUUUAAGUUUUGCGAGGUAUUUAUAUUCUGGUCAACUCAACUUUUAGCAGAAAACGUUUUUAAUUUCUUGGUAAGAGUGGGAGUGCAAAGGUUAUUUAUUCGUAUGAGAGUUUUGUAGAUAGAAAAAAAAUCGGAAUUUAGAAGUUUAUCGUCGCAUCAGACUUUCUGCAUUAUAACUUAUAAUUUAUAAGGAAGGAACAUCAGCCACGAGUUUGGUUGUAGGUUGCUGUGACCUAUGCAGGCAGCAGAUAAAACGAUAAGUAACUGAGUUGACGACAGCGUCAUCAUGGCGUCAAACUCUGGGGGUGGUGGUCGACCACCUCCGACCAGCAUCAGCAGCAGCAAUAAUGCUCCCCCAACGACGACGACUACAACAACAACGGCUACAAUAUCGCCUCCCUCGACGACAGGAACUAUUGAGUGGAACAAUAUCAUUAAACCAUUCGUGACGUAUUCAGUCGGUUCGUUGUCUAAAAAUGAAGUUAUUACUUUGUUGAGGGCGAUUAGUGAUAGUGAAAAGGAGAUUAGAGAAUCAGGCACAUCGUCAUCCAGCAAUUACACCGUGUUUUAUGAUGUCGUCACAGUUCUCGCCACGCAUAUACUCACAGUUGCAGCUAGCAGUGAUCUGUUACCAAGACAAAAUUUCCCAGCGGCAUGUAUUGCCACGAAAAUUUUGUGCGAAUCACUUUUGUCAAGACUGCCAGCAAUUUUGAAGGGAAAUCAUCCUAUAAUCAGUGUCAAGACGUAUGUCAGUGUCAUUCAGGAAUUUUGUACUGGGAAACUGUCCAUGUCACCUGAUGAAGUGUCGAACAUGCUGUCACUCCUUAAAAACCAUGAAUUGCCACCAAAAGUGCAAAACAGUUCGCCAAACACUUGGGAUAAGGAUACUACCACCAAAGAAAAUGUUAAAGAGGUCCGACGAGCUCGGAUGGAUCCUGCCGCAAUGAUUUUGGAGCAGGUGUCCAUGCCAGUGAUGAGCUUGCCCACUAAUAAGCCAAUGAGAGUACUCCUCACCCAAGAAGUGUCUAAAACGUUCCAGUCACUCCGUGCUGGACAGAAAUUUGUCGAUAUUUGUUUAGCACGACCCACCUUGAAGCAGUUUCUAUUGGACAAUUUCACUUUGCAACAUGACACUGUUCGCAAUUUUAGUCGUAAAAUUAUUCAUCAUAAACUUUCUGGAUCGGAAGUGGCAUCACUUUCAGAAGACUUGAAAUUAACCUAUCAACUCAUGAGAGUGAGAAAGUUUGCUCCCCUGAGUUCAUCCGAUGCUCAAAAACUGUGUCAUCUUGGUCUCGCCGCAAUGAAUGCUGGGGCCGCUAUUGCAAAUCAAUUGUAUGGUGGCGGACCUCCUUCAUCAUCUUCCGCUCAGCAACAGUCAUCUCAGGCUGCGUCUUCCUCCUCCGGAGGGUCGUCAACGGUUCAAAGUCAAGUCGUUGGUUCUACAGGCUCGGGAGCUAAUAUUAACUCCAGCGAGUCUGAGUAUGAAUUUGGAACUUUGAUUGUAGCAGAGGCACUUUGGAUACAACAAACCGUGAUUCGCAUUCUCCAGGAGGAUACAGCCCUUUUACAAUCGACUUGGCUAAACUGCUCCGCCGUCUUUUCCAAACACGCCUUCAUGUCCAUUGACACCUAUAUGCAUGAAGUCAGUCAUUCUGCAGAACCCGCUUUGGGACAAAAAAUGAACUUGAUCCAUGUCCAAACUCACUGGAACGAGAUCAUCAUUUCCAUCGCAUGCCACGCUGCCAAAAUGGCUUCUAACUUUGUACCCCUACCCUGCGGAGAGGUUACACCACUUUCAAUCAGAAAACCAGCCGGAAAGAGCUUUAAAAUUGAUGAGUUAAACUCGAACGAAGAUAGGAUCGCAUAUUUCUUUGAUCAGUUUGGCAUCGUGGAAGUCUUGAUGCAAACGACGACUUUGAGUUAUCGAAAAGCGGGUCGCCUCAAGAUGCUCAAGGCGCAGAAGGAUGGUGAAAAUGAGACUGCAAUUACGGAAAUUAAUAAUACCGAUCCCGUUAUUUUGGUGGAGCACAAUGUCGAUAGUGGCGCAGUUGUCCGCCCUGCUGGUGAUAGUAAUGAUCCACUUCCAGAUAAUGAAAAUGAUCACAUUGAUGUCGAAAUUGAAGACGAGAAUCGGUCCGUGUCAGACCUCAUGACGACGGAUGAAGACGAGCCCGACGAUGACCAGGACGAUGAUGAGGAGGACGAUAGGAAUAACGAGGAUGGAGACGAUGAACCAAUACUCGGCUCGUGGAUGGAAUCCGUUCUCUCUCCACCUGAAACGGAUGCUGAGUCAGAGUCGAAACUAGGGAGUGAGAGGGAUGGCAAGGGAGGUCCUUUGGAUGAGAAGAAAGGAGGCGAUGAUGACAUUAACGGACUAAUCAAGGAAUUUAUACUUGAGAAGGAUAAUGCUACCGUGUUUAUGAAGACUGCACUCUCCAUGUUAUCCUUCCUGUCGAAAGACAUUGUCGGCAACCGGUCCGACCUGGUUCGCAACUUUGCCAAGGAUGGAUUCAACUCUGACAAAAUUUCCACCCUACUUACACUCAUUCUAAAAGAUUUGGACCAAGAAAAGUCAUCCACAGAAAUUGGAGCAAUUUCCACCAUCUUCGAGGAUACUUUGAACCAAGUUUACGUCGAUUUUUCUCAUGAAAUUAGCAAACUCACCCAAAACAUUCUAACCCUCAAAUUAUUCUCUCCUUCUGUCAUAACCAACUUUCUCUUUCAACUCGGUAUCGACCUUGCUGCUCCUGGUCGCUGGCCAUUUAACAUGUACUCACGCAGCCUAGCCGUAUUUAUCCAAGUCCUGUUAUUGCGACCAGAUCGAGAAAAUGUUACUGUCAUGAUGUUUAAGAGAAUUCUUGACACUUUGGUUGAAGACAUCACAUCCGAAAAUGUCCCCGCCGGGUACGCAGACAUUCCCGUCGAACACAGCCAGGCCAUUAUCUUCCUCUUCCAUACGCUCAGCCUGAUGCAAAAGAAACAAAUCAUGAUUGACUUUUCCAACGUAUUAAUAAAGGUGAGCGACAAGCUAGGAGGGAAAAUCUCGAAACCACACCAAGUCAUGUCCCUCGGCCGCCUUCUCCUCUUUUAUGACUAUUUUAUCCGUCAAUUGUACGAACCUGGGUUGAACCUUAUUGGACAAAUCCAAUACAAUCUGUUCAACGAUGAAGGAUCCAAUACCACAGAGAGUGGUGGUUCUGCCUUGACGACACCACACCCACCUGCUAGCUCACCCUCGGGGAAGAAGCUACGAGCUAAAUUCUUAGACAGCGCAACCACCCCCACCACUGCAACGGCUGGAGAUCAAGGAGGGACAGGUCUCAUGUCCACCAGCGAGACGAUGAGCGAACCCCCAAAUUCUAAACCACUCCCUCCCUCACGCAUAUUCUGCGAGUGCACCGUCGUCGAAAGAAUCUGGGAACUGAGCGGAUCUGAUGAAUCUCCGCGACCAAAGUUUUACAACUUGAUCUCAACGGAGCCAAACUAUCAAGAAAAUCCUAGACUUGACGGGCUUGCGAUGAACUUCCUCAUGAAUAAAACAGACUCACAGUCAACCAAGGACAAGGUCGACUAUAGGAGCUUGGUCGACGCAAUAAUAAAAAUUUCAGAGAUUUCCUUCCUCGAUUAUAGCGAGGGAGCCCGUCACGCGGAAAUCUACUACGUGCAAUAUUUCCUGAAUCGGCUCAUGUUCGGACUUCCACCCCCGCAUGAGUAUCUCCAGACACUCUCCAAUACGAGUAGCUUGUUGGAAUCGAAAUUUCUGGAUUCGCCCGCCCGCGUUCUCUACCUUAUCAUUUGGAUUUCACGGCUCCAACAUCGCACCUACUCUUCCUGGAUUCGUGACAUCCUCUGCAAACAGGGAAUGAUUCCUGUAGAAGCGGAAAAUCUGAUCAAAUCUACGGCGCUCGGGUCAAAAACAGGAUUGAAGAUUUUAAAUAAAUCAAUCGAUUGGGUCGUGGCGGCAUCGGAGAGUGAACCAGGCUCGAAAUGUCCAUCACUCUACUUUGCUAUCGAAGCCGUUCUCUCGCAUAGCAUUACCACAAUUGAGGAAAUUUCUGAGGAUGAGGAGCUCCUCGUCGUUAUGAUCCGGAUUCUUGAGGAAAGUCUGCUCGCCGUUCAAAAUAGGAUUCUUGACGAUUCGAUUAAAAGAAAUAAGGGAAAUUCAGGAGGCGAACACUGGAAGUCUUCUGCUAUGCAUUUAAUUUCAAUCAGUUCUGGCUUUCUGAUGAACAAUCCAAUGUCAAAGAUUGUGAUGAAGUGCGUCGACCCAAAUUUGAAGGGAGCGAUGGAAGAGUGUGUCAAUGAGGACUUUGACUCUUUUCCGGGUUGGAGUAUGAGUCAGUACAAGUCUGAUAUUCUUCCUGGGGAGAGCUACCUUCUGGCAGUGCUGGACGGACACAUGUCUGCUAAUCAGGGCUCUCUAAAACACAUUCUCGGAAGUGCCGUCAAGUUUAUCGGGUCCGCAAUCUGUCCAAAGAACACCAAAGUAUCAAAAAUCGUAAAGGAGGAACUUACUGCCCUCGUUCUCCCACUGUUGUUUAGCAAGUCGGCCGAAUUUCUUGGCGAGAUCGUCGGCACUGCCGUGGAUCCUACCUACGCCAAGACAGAUGCACCUCUCAACUCAAAACUGGUUGAGCUUCUCGCUGCUGAGACGUUAAAAGCAAUCUGUUCAGCCCCCCUUCGCGCCGCGUUGAAGGACUCUGCCCACGACACCUUUAUUCAAGAAAGUCUCAACGCCCUGCUAUCCAUCUUGUUGUCAACAACAAAAGAUGCAAAGGUUCCGAGUUGCGAUUUUGACGGAAUAUUCCUCAACCUACUCAGCUCUGACACGGGGAAACCAAAACUCUUACUCUCUCUUCUCGACCUCCUCAUGACAACGAAAGACGAGAAAGUACUCACCAAAAUCUGCGACUUUCUCUCCACCCUUCUCAGUCACGAUAUGUGUGAAAAAGACGCCAAAAAAUUCGUCUCUCUUCUAUACCAAGAACUCAAAAACUUUGAAGAACUUCCCCAGCGGAUCUUUUCAGCCGAGUUUUUACAAGUCGAGAGCGUUGUGGAGGCCGUCUGCAAAUUCUUUUCGAGUUUGAUCACACUCGCUGGAAAGCAUCAGGAGCACAAAAUAAUCCCCAACCUGUUGUCAAAAACGAUUGAAGUCGUCAAAAAUAACGUUUCUCGAGGGAAGGAAGAGAACAAGAAGAAUCACUUAUCCUCCUUUGAGCACGUUCUUCAAGUAAUUAUCCAAAUGGCGAGCAUGUGCGACUCGGAGGAAGGACAUGCAAAGCUAUUCCAACAAAUGACCGAGUGGCUCUAUGACUUUACGGAGGAUGUCGAAACACAGAUGAAUGCUGCGAUUGAUGCCUCGGUAAAAUCUUCGAUGAGCUCAACAACUGUUAAGAAAUCAGGCUCAACUACUUCCACUACUACCGAGUAUUCUCAAGAAUAUCCCACCCUUCAAGCCAUCAUGACCAUCAUGGAGUACAUGCUCGACGUGGGAAAAACUCUACAGUCCGUCGCAGCACAGAAUCCAAGUUUGAUCUCCAUUGGAGGAAAAAUGGGUCAAAACUCGUUUCAGAGAUUACUCGAGAGGGAACAGACUCCUGGUACGGCGACACCCCCGAACGAAAUUGAGGAUACGUUUGACCUUUGUGAGUCUGAGAUUGGUGAUGCUGAUCAAGGGGACGAUGGGGAAGAGAGUGGAGGUGAUGAUUCAGACGACGAAGGGCUCAACGGACGCCUCUGCACGUAUACGGUGACGCAGAAGGAGUUCAUGUCUCAGCAUUGGUAUCAUUGCCAUACGUGUGGAAUGGUUGAUGGCGUCGGAGUUUGUUCUAUCUGCGCUCGAGUGUGUCAUAAAGGACAUGACGUAACAUAUGCCAAGUUCGGAUCGUUCUUUUGCGAUUGUGGGGCGAAAGCGGAUGGAACCUGCCUCGCUUUAGUGCGGCGACCAACAAACAUUGCUUCCAAUGAUUUGGGCUCCUCUUCAGGCAACAAUAGGGGAAUGGCGGCUCUCGUAUCCAGUGGAUCGUCAACAUCUGCGCCGCCAACAUUAGGUGGUAGCGGAUCGACGUCUUAUAACCCGUUCCUUGCUGAUGUCAUUGGUAGUUCAACUACUACGACUGAACAUAGUCGCCGAGCUUCUUCCCCCACCGCUGGAGGGCUUGAAGCACGUGGCUCUAUAUCAUCUACAACGAAAGAACCCCGUCGCGAAGGGCUGAUUAAGAUGCAGGGUCCAGUCAAAUGGGAGGAUCUCAUUGCGGCCUUUCGAUCAUUCUCGGAACAUUUACCACUCAACACGCUGAUGAAACUAAAGUCUUCCGUGAGCAAGCUGGCCUCACUGAAAACUCCGAUCGGGGCCUUUAUGCGGGUGCAGAAAGCCCUGGAUCAACUCCGCCGUGGCCACGAGGGUCAGUUGGAAUUUAUUCCGUGCGACGACCUGAUGAUCCCAUCCUUAGGCUCCCAAGAGAAUGCAUUCGAGAACAUUAAAAUGACAUACAACGGGGAUCAGGGAUCUCUAAUAAGACAAUUGAUCAACGGACAGAUAAUUCGGCGAUCAACGAUCGCAGCGUUGGCCGCCCCGGGAGCGAGGAGACACUACCUCGCUAUGAGUCAGGAAAAAGGGAAAAUUACAAUUCUUCAGCUGGGAGCCUUACUCUCGGGUGCAGAAACUGGCAAGAAGAAAUUAACCCUUCCCCGUCUAGCGACACUUACUCUGCCAUUCACGGCACUAACCAUGGCUGCCAAUCCGUUGAGGGAUGAUGUUCUCGCAGUUUGUGGGUUGAAGGAAUGUCACGUCCUCGUGAUUGGAACUGGAGGCUCGAUCGCAUCCCACUUAGUCCUGCAACCACAGUUAGAGGGACAAAAUCACAUCAUUAAGCCAUUAUGGGUCCCCGGCUCUCACACCCAGAUGGCCAUUUUAUCCGCCGAUGCAGUUAAAAUCUAUGACCUUGGGAAGGACGUGAUCGCCCCCAUUUACUAUUUCCUCCUCCCCUCUGGAAAAGUGAGGGAUGCUACGUUCGUCGUGCAGGAUGACACUGCUUACAUCGUCAUCAUUGCAAAUGACGGGCGAAUUUAUUACGAAAAGUUGGAUGAGAAUACAAGUGCGAUGAAUGGACCUUAUUACAUUACGAAUGAUUUAAAUUAUGACGAUACUUCGGCCUUCGCCGCUGACUCUGCCCCACCACCUGCGGGAAGUGGGGCUGCUGCAGCUACCACGACGGGAGAGAAGAAGGAAACGGUGGGAAUCUCGAUUCACUACUCGCAUCCAUUGAAACUCCUCUUUUACACAUACCCGAAUGGGUGCAGUUAUGUGGGCGUUUUGGAAGAUUUGAGUGGCGCUGCCCCGUUGUCAAAGGCGGUCCUUAUUUUCCCAAAGACACAUUCGAGUGGGGCGAAGAAUUUAAAUCUCGGGUUGACUCAAUGGACGGAAGUGCUGGGUCACCCCGGCCUGAUUUUUGCCGUGGCGAAAGACGGCACUCCAUAUGGAAUAAUGAUGACUGAAAACAAAUCAGAAAUCCAAGAGAUCAAGGUUCAGUGGAAGUCUCGACCCUUGGACAUGGUCGCGAUGCGACACAUCGGUCAAAAUGGACGGUUGAAAACCUCUCUUGUCAUCCUCGGAGAGGACGGAAGUCUCAAAGUCUUCGACUCUGCAGACUGCACUGAAUUUUGGCUUAGUCCGAGACUCCGUCCCCAAGCGGACUGCGUGCCACCAAAGUCUUCUGUGAAAAGUAAAGGAGGACCCGGAGGUGGACCUGGUUCAAGGAAAGGGAGCAAACUCUUAAAGGGAACCAAUGGACAACCAAUCUUUCCCACAGAUUUCUUUGAACAUUGUCAACCAAUAAAUGACGUUGAUUUCGGGGGGAACGAUUUACUCCAAAUUUAUAAUGUGGCACAGUUAAAGAAUCGACUGAAUACGGCAGGCAUGUACGUCGUCGCCACGAAAUCGAUCGGAUUUAACAUCGAAGUUACCAACAACGACGCGAGCACGGUGAUUACAGGUGUUCGAAUCCUGCUUGGGUCACAAGAUUCUGGUCGUGUUCCCUCUUUCAUUCAGGUAUUUGGACGGACAAUUAAUGUCACUCUGACACGAGCUCGUUGGUACGACGUCCCAUUAACUAGAGAAGAAAGCCUUCAAGCAGAUACUAAAUUGAUCAUCACUUUUGGACCAUCUCACGAUUCUCAAUCCGUUACUUUUGUAGACUCUGUUAAAAUUUACGGAAAAAACAAGGAUGCAUUUGGUUGGCCGGAAGAUUCUGAAGAUACUGUGGCACAAUUGGCUACCGCCGCGGUGGGUAUUGCUCCAAAUAUUGGUGACAAGAAAAAUGAUGACAACAACAUUGAAAAAAUCGUGACAAGUGGAAUCGAGCUUUGUGAGCUCGCCGUGUCCCUCUGUCCUCGCGAUAUUGAAGACAUGGAAGGCCUACUAAAAGUUGCGACGGAUAUUUAUCUCGAAAACUAUCCCCCACUCAAUGUCCCCUGUCGCAAUCUUAUGUGUGCCGUCCUGUUGAGCAAAAACACAUACUACGAACAUAGAGACAAGUCUGUCAUCAACCAGUGUGUCAAGAGCUUAAUGGAAAUGAACGAGCAGCCCGUGAAGGAUGUGGACCCGGAAUUUUUCCAUCACAUCGUGACAUGUAUCAAGAACAUUGCCACCGUAAGGCCGAAUCACAUUUCACAAUUUGAAAUUCAAGAUUUUGGCUAUCAUGGAGCAAUGAAUCCUUCCCGAGUUAUUGAAACGUUGUGCAAAGUUUUUGAAAAGUUGGUGCAAGUCAAGCCAAAGAAUUCUUUCGUAGUUCCCGUGGAUAGACCAGGAAUUCAACGUGUCGAAACAUUGGCCAUGGGGCUUGGUGAAAUAAUCUACUCGGUGAUGGCGUCUGAUGUGUCACUAGUCUCAAAACUGUCCCCCUGCCUCAUUCGACUCCUCCUCUCUAGAAACAAUCAAAUAUGUGUCCCUGUCCGGACCGUUCUCGUAAAACGACUCCGACCAAAGAACGUACGGAAGCGGAAGGUUACAAUUCCUGGCCCAUCUCCACCUCAAUGCGCCACCCCGACCGCUGACAGUCCACGUGACUCUAUCCCAAACGUGCCACCCAUCGCCCACCAAGACGGUGACCAGCUCCCCUUGGUUGAAGUAGACGAACCCAUUGUCAUGUUAGACGGGCAGAUGGAUAACGACGGCCAGAUGGAGAUGAUGAAUCCGUUGGAUGCCUUCAUGGGGGCGGAGGGCUUCGCCAUGCCUCACGGGAUGGAUUUACAAUCGGAUGCAGAAGACGAGGCCAUGGUCGAACUAGCGAUCGCGCUGAGCUUGCAGGAACAGGCAGGAGGUGCUGCUCUUGCAAUUCAAGGGAUUCAAGAGGGGUUGCAAGCUUUGGAGGAUAUGCACCAAGAAGUUCUUCAUGCAGAAGCGAUCCAUCCCGCGGAUGACGACCAAGAUCAAGAUAAUGAUAACGUGCCGGGCGGCGAAGGUGGGGCCGAGUCAGAUGCGACUGCAUCACAAAAUUCCGACGACGAGGGAAGCACAGUGGCCACAGAGGGCUCAACUAUGAGAAACUCAGAACCGGGUGGAUCUGACAGUUCUGGAAGUUCGAAUGCAGAGGGAACUUCUCAAGACAGAAGUGCAAUACUUGCUUCGUCCUCAACGUCACAAUCUGUCAAUGCUCUCUCGACAUUCAUGUCAUCCCGGGCAUCAGGUGGAAGUGGGAGUGGUGAGGCCAGGUCAACCAGCAAAGAUGACCCGUCCAGCGUUCCCGGGGGAAGUAUGACUCUCUCCACACCUAGUGCAGUAUCGCAACAACAACAGCUAGCCAAACCGUUCAGAUUGGCUCUGUUGAAGGCAAUUUCAAACCAAAUCUCGGAUAGUAAAGAUGCCCUGAGUAUUAUUCCUCUUCUUCAAGUGAUGCUCGUCAUAUUGGCAGAGUUGGAUGGAAAUACGGAUGAGGAGGUGGCUAGUGUGGAAACAGUGGUCAAGAGAUUACUGGAAAUGAUGAACUUUAAUGAAAUUGAGCGAAAGUCUGAUUGGAAGAGGAACGAGGCGAGUGAAAUGGCUCUCGUCGUGCUUAGAAUGUUAAGCAUCCUCGUCUCUCGUUGGAGGGGAUGUGACCAAAAAACGGAAAGCAGUUGGAUCGCUCGCUCGACCUCUGAAACUAUUCAACGUUCUGGAAUUGUUAACUAUUGUAAAGAACUCCUCCACAUGUUGCGGUCCACAUGGAAAGGACAGCCCGAGGAAGAGGCGGAAGCGACCGUCCCAAGCCCCGCUUUGGGUGUUAAUGCUCCCCCUCCCGCGGUUCCAGACCCACUGGGGACAGUUCUACUAAAACCUUACCCUGUGGCAAAUCCUCCCGAUUACAGCCCCUUCUUCUUAAAGCAGUACAUCAAAACUCAUUCGAAUGAUAUUUUAGAGGAAUUGAGCCUACUUCUGUCAGAAAUGGCAUUGCGUCUUCCCUACCAGAUUAAGAAAGUGUUGGUGCAACAAUCCAUCUUUGAUACGGAAUGGGAAGAACUUUUGUGUGAAAUGUUACAAAAUCGAAACGCUCCCUUCGUCCGAAGGCAAGCAAGGAAACUCUUACUGAACAUUGCCGGAUCUCGUGAGAACUAUCACCUUCUGCGAGACACGAAUAAUAUCAAGUAUCACCUCCAAGAAUUCAAAAGGUUGAUUGGGUUCGAUGGGAACUCGGAUACCGAACGAUUGGCGAAAGUGGUCAAGAUGGAGUUUAAAUACUCGCAACUGGUCGCAAUGGUGGAACAUUUAACUACCUGUAUUGACAUCGCGACACAGAGGUCGGCAAGUUGGCAGACCCAUUGUAAAAAUGAGGACGCCUUGCAGUUUUUGGUUCAGGUGGGCUGCACGGCUGACGAUAGUUUAACAACAUCAAUCCUCACCCUGCUCAAAAUUGCGAUUGAUGGCGUCCCCUUUGAUUCGAAAUCCGAGUCCACCAUGAGUCGGAUGAGUGAGGACGAAAAAUCUUUGAAAUCUUUAGCUCACCAAGUUCUCGAUACGGUGGAGAAGCGAACUUUCUUAGAAUUUGUAAAGAAAUAUCUGCUCGAGCAUUCCGUCCUAUCGACACGCUGGCAAGCACAUUCUCUCAUGUUGGGUUUCUUUAACACCUCUGAUUGCUCCCAUCAACUUAAACUUGUCAACACAAUGUGGGAACUUUGGCCCUUUGUUCCUUCUGCUGGAACGCGUGCCGCUCAAUUUGUAGACAUUCUGGGAUACGCAACCUUGAAUAAUGACGAUUUAAAGGCCAGAGAUUUGAGGCAACAGGUCAACUUUUGUAUUUCUUCGAUCGAAGCUCAAGGCGAUGCUUUACUGAGUCAUCCCAACGCAAAUAUCUACGCCUCUCUGGUUCCAUUCGUGUCGGUGGAUGGCUAUUACUUGGAGUCUGAACCAUGCGAAGUUUGUUACAACAUAGAUAAACCAUACUCUGUUCAGAAAUUGAACUCUAUUAAGUCGGAUGCAAAGUUUACUGCAAACAGCCAAAUUGUGAAAUUGACCUCAACCUUGAGCAUUAUCCGACUCAGUAUUCGUCUCACUGAAGUGAAAAAAGCACGAAUGAUUAAAAGCAUGACAAUCUACUACUCACCGAAAAACAUCCCGAUUGUGGAACUGAAGAAUAAACCAAAUCUCUGGCAAAUGGCUCGAAAAGUCAGCCUUAGUCCAAGCCAGACGGAAGUGAAAUUAGACUUUAGUGUUCCUAUCGUGGCUGCAAAUAUCAUGUUCGAGUUUUUGGAAUUUUACGAAAAUGUGCAAGCUUCCGCGGAGACUUUGCAGUGUCCGAGAUGUUCGGCGUCAGUUCCUGCGCAACCAGGCGUGUGCUCCAACUGCGGCGAGAAUGUGUAUCAAUGUCACAAAUGUAGGGCAAUUAAUUAUGAUGAGAGAGAUCCGUUCAUAUGCCACCAAUGCGGGCAUUGCAAAUAUGCCAAGUUAGACAUUAGCGUGCUUGCGAAAAAUGUCGUGGCGGUUGACCCGAUCGAAAAUGAGGAGGACGGCAAAAAAUCCGAAACCGCGGUCAGCUCUCUUCUUGAAAAGGCGGACCAAACCUACAAGCAGCAGCAGUACAUGAAGGCCGGGUUGGAAUCCAUGCUCCAGUCGAUUAAGGAAAAGAAGUCGAUGGCGGGUCUCUCUAUGGCUCCAUUUCCAACAUCAUCCUCGGCGACGACAGUGGCUGCGGCCCCACCCUCUGCGAGUAUGAUUGGGCCUGCCGCCGUCUCUACUUAUGCAUCUGCUGCCGCUAAUGCUUUAAAUAACAACAAUAUUUCAGUUGGCAGUAUAUCCGCUGCUAACGCCAGCAUGGGAGCAGGCAACAUCAUGACCCUUGGAGGACCUGGUGUCCAAGCGUUAACUGGUGGAGGACCUUCCACACUGAGUCAUGCUGCAGGAUCACUGGUGCUCAAGAACGUUCAGAGUUUGGCUUAUUGUUAUGCGAUUGACUGCAAGAGUUCCUACGAGGAACUAAAUCGAAUUAUGAGGAAAGUGGGCGCGUAUAGGAGAGAAAUGUUGAAGGUGGAUCCAGUCGCGUAUACUUUGGAUAGUGUUGACACGGUCACUUAUCGUCGGUGUUACGGCUGCAGAGCGUCAAGUAUUACAUUGUCACUAAAACUUUUGCAAGCUUUGAUCACUGCUGGAAGUCCGCGGGAUCCGUUCGACUUGUCAUUCUUGAGUUUUCUUCUUCGACUCUCACAGUCUGCGGGUUCGACAGCGUUGAAGGAACAGGUGAAGAAUGCGCUCUGUUUCUUUGUCAAGGAUGAUCCUCUCGCCACGUCACAACUUACGGACAUGAUUAAUUCAAGGGUGAGCUCCGCUUUGAAUCGUGGAACUUGGAAUGACGUUAGUUUUGAAACUUCCGAAGAAAUAUCUCUGCUCUCUUCCCUUCUUGGAAUGUACGACUCUUGCUGGGAAAUUAAGCUACGAAGUUUGAUGAAAAUUUUUAUUCAAGCUGUCGAUCGACUUCGUACCCCUACCUCGAGUGAGGCAGGGUUGUUAUCGUGUCUGAAAAUAAUUCAAACAUUCAUUCGAGCAACGCAAUCUGGAGAACCAGAUAAAUUAACAAUUGUCCCAGUUCAAGGAGUCCAUGUCGAUUUGCAAGGGUGGCUACGUGGAGACCCUGACGCUGCCUUUGAAAACUGGAGGAAACGAUUGCCCAAAGCGAAACCGAAGCCGGCAAGCUUGCUCCCACUGCCGCCACCACCAUCAUCAUCUUCUUCUUCCGCUACAACACCAAUCGCCAAGCUGGUAAAGGAGUCUCUUGCCAAGAAAGAAGCCAAUGUCAGGAAACCUGCAAAACUCGCCAUGAAAAACAAACCCGAGUUGAGGAAAACAUACCUCAUACAAAAGUAUGGGCGUCGAUGGGUGGAGAAAUUCUACAAGAUUGACACUACCGAAAGUGUCAACUUUGACAGCAAGGAACUCUCGUGGCUCAAAACGUUGCUAUUCUGUCCUGGAUCGGUACAAACGAGAACAUUCAGUGCUGGUCUGUUGAAAGACUUGUCACAGAAUCCAGAAAGACGAUUAAAGGUUAUGGAACUCCUCACAACUUUUAUGGAAGAUCUACCCAUCUACGGAGAAUCGUGUCGCGAAUUCAUGGAACUUUACCGAGAAUUAGCUGGAACAUCAGAAUUUGCCGCCUUCCUCAACGCUAAAGGUGCUCUGAGCAUUGUUUGCAAACUCCUGGACGGCCAAAUCGAGAAAUUGCACCAUUUAGAAACUGUCACGCUUCACUCAGAUCUCUCUCAGGGUGUGGCUGUCUUCGAAUUGUCUAAACUCUUGUCCACCCUCGCGAUCCCAUCCGUUCGUCGGAAUAAGAGAGUUUCCCUUCUCUCCACUGUCCUCGGAGGUUAUUUAGCUCUCAAAAGGAUUCGACUCCAUCGAACCCGGCCGAUCGAGGAGGCACAAGAAAUCCUGCUCCAACUUUUGGAAGAAAUUACAUCUGGGACUGAAGAGGAAACCAAGAUCUUCAUGACUGUGUGUGUAGAAACUUUGAAAAAGUGUCCGAAAGAGGACUUGGCCACACCCGUCUUUGUCUUUGAAAGAGUCUGCUCUCUCAUCGUGCACGAGGAAAGCGACGUUGCCGAGUUUUUCGUCACCCUGGAUAAAGAUCCCCAGCAGGAGGACUUCCUUCAGGGGAGAAUGUUGGGAAAUCCGUAUAGCAGUAAUGAGGCUGGAAUCGGACCGUUGAUGAGAGACAUUAAAAAUAAGAUUUGCACGGAUUGCGAGCUGGUCGCACUGUUGGAGGAUGACAAUGGGAUGGAGCUGCUCGUCAACAAUAAGAUCAUGUCACUGGAUCUCCCUGUAAAGGAAGUUUAUAAGAAGUUGUGGUUGCCGACUAAUGGUCCGACCGACCCGAUGAGAAUUGUGUAUCGGAUGCGUGGCCUGUUGGGGGAUGCGACAGAGGAAUUUGUAGAAUCGUUCGCAUCACCAAAUGAAGGUCAAGAGGAUAACGAAGUCACGUAUAAACUGGCUAAAGUGUUUGUCAAUUGUGGUGGUCUCAAGGUUGUGUUGAACUCGUUGGAAAAUCUACUGAACCAACCUCUUGUCAUGUCAAAGACCAAACCGUUAAUUGGCGUUUCGCUGAAAUUACUCGGAUACUGUGCGAAAAUAACGUCAGGUCGAGAUGCCCUCUUGGCUCCUUCGCUGAGUGCGAUACAAUCACUCCUUCCGGUUUUACGACUUUGUCUGGAAUACGAUUUAACUUCGAUACAGGGUUCCUCCGGUGUGGUUCAUCUGACUGAUCAAAUUCUUGAGAUUCUUGAAGCUGUACUUGCUGACUCGUGUAUCCUGGAUAAGAAAGCUUACGCUAAUUUUGCCAAGUCACGUGGAUCAAUUGAGGACGUUCGGAAUUUGCUACUACUUUCUGAUAAGCUGAAAGCACGACAAGCCACCAUGUCCAUGCAUUUCAAAGUCCUUGCUGGUCUCACGUACACGGAUAAAGUGAAGAUGAACCUCAUCUUUGAUAGUUUCAAGGACUGUUUCGACUUUCUCAAGUUUGAUGAUGAUCCCAACGCUGAUUUUACAAACCAGUUGGACCACAUUUGCACUCUCGUCUCUAAUGUGGAAACGGGUCCUUAUGCCGGAACAUUUAAAGACUUGGCCCUUGAGAGGAAGCUUGUCGACGCUUGCUUGGAAUAUAUCGGGAUUCGAGCCCCAUUCAUGAAACCGCCGCUGGGCCGACCCGAUUCCGAUGAGUGGAAAGAAAUGGCUUCCAAACCAGCGUUGAAGUAUGUUCUGCGACUUUUGGCAGGAUUUGCAACUGGGCAUUCAGCGAGUCAGGAGUCUGUAGGGAAAGAAUGCGUCUAUGUGAUCCACCAACUCGAGCAGGUGUCGUCCGAUGAGCAUGUCGGUUCUUUAGCAGAAAACGUGUUGGAAGCUUUACGAUCUCAUGAUGAGAUUUGGAAAAAAGUGGAAGCCGCAAGACGUGCUACACGCGAAGAAAAGAAACGAAUGGCAAUGGCAAUGCGACAACGCCAAUUAAAUACUAUGGGAAUGAAGACGAAUGAGAAGGGCCAAGUGACCGCUGCUACGUCCUCUAUCCUUGAGCAGAUGGAAGAUCUUGCUGAGGAAACUGGACUUAUUUGCGUAAUUUGUCGGGAAGGGUAUAAGUAUCAACCGACAAAAGUGCUCGGAAUCUAUACGUUCAGCAAGCGAUGCAUUUUGGAAGAGUUGGAGGGCAAGAGUCGUAAGUCGUAUGGGUAUUGUACCGUGAGCCACUUUAACGUCGUUCAUAUUGAUUGCCACAUGGCUGCGAUACGAUUGGCAAGAUCUCGGGAUGAGUGGGAGUCUGCAUCUCUCCAAAACGCAAACACGCGUUGUAACGGAUUGAUUCCUUUGUGGGGUCCACAAGUUCCAGAAUCAGCGUUCGCUGCUUGUCUUGCCCGCCAUAACGCCUAUCUUCAAGAAGCUACGGGACAUCGCGACGUGGGAUUCGCUUCUGGAGUACAUGACAUAAAGCUCCUCCUCCAAAGAUUUGCGGAAGAAAAGAGUUUCCACGAGGAUACUGGGGGUGGCGGUCCAGAAUCAAACAUGCAUCUUGUCCCCUACCUCUUUCACACGGCGCUCUACGUCCUCAACACCACCCGGCUAGCGACUAAGGAAAUGAACGGCGUGGACAAGUACAUGACUGCAGCGAUACCUUCGUGGAAGGAAGACGCCACCUCGGUGGAUGGAAGUUUCUACCAUUUGAUCGUGUCUUUGAUGGUGCAUACCCCUGAGAGAUGGAAGGAAAAUCGAAUAACUUGGGUCAAGCGGAUGCUUGCUGUGUGUGGAUUUAGGUCUAAGCAGUUGGCAAAUGCCAAAUAUGCCCAUUACCGACCCGGUAUGAUAUUUUUGGGAUUGAUUCACGGACUCUACACACUCGUUUUCAAGGACGUGACCGGUGCUGGAGAAUGGUCAUCUAUUCUGGCUGAUUAUAUCCGUAAAAAUGAUGAACCACUCGUCAAGUCUACAUCCGCUUUGCUUGGAAUGUAUCAGCAAAAACUUUUGGCUGCGACAGAACUGUCCCAAAUUCUUGAGGCUCUAGAACUGAAGGAUGAAAUUGGGGACCCUCAACAAUUCGUGACAGAUUUAUGGGCUAGUUUGGCUUAAGGUGUGAAAUGCAAAGAUUCUUCGACCCGUCCGUAUACCCAGCAAUUGAUUGAUAAUACUAAACUAAUAACAGUUUUCAUAAAAAUAUGUUUAAAAUUAAGUAAUAAUGAUACGAAUAAUUGAAUAAAUAUAAAUCACAAUAAGCAAG